AUGAAUAAUUAAUAAUAUACAAGAAAUGAUUUGGUUGAUAACAAUCUAAACCUUCAAUAAUAGAACUAUUUCCCAAAUCAGUAGAAUGUAAAUAUUGUUUAAAACUCUCAAUAAGAUUAAAAUAAUUUUUCAGAAUUUGAAAUCUUUUCAUUAAAUCCAUAACCAUAAACUCAGUAGAUUCAACAUCUACCAUAAUAAUAAUAAUAAAAUUCAUAUUAAUAAAUUCAGUAAAAUUACUAUGCGCCAUAAUAAUAAAAAUUACAUUCAUAUGAACCUUAAUAAUCAUAUUCAUAUUCAUCAACACAGCCAAAUCAAAAUGCUCCUUAAUAAUCGAAUUUAUAUUAAUAAAAUCAACUACCGCCUUAAUAAUAAUCAAAUUAAUACUCAUAAAAUGAACUACCGCCUUCAUAAUCAAAUUCAUAUUCAUAAAGUCAGCAAAAUUAACAUGAACCUUAAUAAUCAAAUUCAUAUUAAUAAAAUCAGAAAGAUCAAACUUAAUAUUCCAAUUAAUAUAAUAAACCAAAAAAUUCGAUGUAACAAUAAGAUAUAUGGGUUGAAAAAUCACAAUUUUUAGAAUAGAACAGUAAUAUAGCUAGAUAACAACAAAAUAAUGAAAGAUAAUAUUAUUAGAGAAAUUAUGUAGAGUAUGAAGCUAAAGAGCCUACCUAAUUAUAAAGAUAAUCAUCCAAUUCUGAUUAAUAACCCUACUAAUAACGAAGCUAACAUUCUUACAACUCUAAUUAACCUUAUAUUGAAAACGAUAAUAAUGUAAGUUACUUAAACGAUUCACAGUAGUAAUAGAAUCUUUCAAUUAAUAGAAGUAGUAAUUAAGGAUCUUAAAAUAUACCUUAAAGAAAUAAUGAUGACGAAUAAUAUUAUGAAUCAAUAAAUAAAAAUUAUGAAUAUCAACAACGUAAUGAAUAUAAACAACGUAAUGAAUAUAAACAACGUAAUGAAUAUAAACAACGUAAUGAAUAUAAACAACGUAAUGAAUAGAGAUAAAGACCUAGAUAAAUGGAUUAAGCUCAUAUCAGUUAUAAGAAUUGUCCUAUAGAACCUAUGAUUGCGGAAUUUGAUAAUGUUCCUGAUAAAAAUUUUGUAUAUGGAGGAUGUAUUUUCGAAAUUCCUUUUGGAAAACCUUUUUUAAGUACUGAGUUAUUUUUGAAUAACCACUUUUUCAUUCUUAGAGAAGAUUACUUAAAGAGUUUUAGAUUGGUAGUUGCCAAAUUAAAAAAAUAAGGAUUUGAAUAAAUAGGUUAUGAUGUGUUAUAGAGUGCAUUUUUAUAUUAUAAUGUUCUUAUAGAAAAUAUUACAGUUACAAAUCGAGGAUUCUAAUUUAUUGCUACAAUGAAUGCGUAUGAUCCAAAGAAUGAUAGAAUAAAUUGGCAAAAAUCAAAUAGACUUAUGCCAGGUUCUUUACUCUUAUUAGUAUAUUUUAUUAUAAAAUUAAGUCAACCAUAAAACUUGACUUCAUGUUAUUUGGAACUGUGGUCGAAAAACCUAAAUCUGCACAUAACGGUAGAGUUAGUAUUGCUAUUACUUUGAUAAGUCUAUCUAUGAAAGAAUAAUUAAGAUUUGUAAAUAGUUUGUUAAGUUAAGGUAAAAAUAAAUUUUAUAUAAAAAGAAUAAUAAUUGAUAGCAAUUGAGAAUAAAAUAUAUUUUGAAACAUAUACUCAUUUUUUAAGUUGUUUAUAAAUGAUUGAACCAUCCCAAUUUCCUUUUGCAAAAUAAAUAGUUUUUGGUUCAAAUGUUAUGCCUUUGCCAGGAUAUUUAGAUAAUUAAUAAACUAGAAAUGAAGGUAUUGUUUAUGAUAUUGAUCUCAAAUUUGACUUACAUUAAUAGAAGCGAAUUGGAUAAUUACAAAAAGUAAAUAUAUUGAGGGAAUGGCCUAAUAUUAAUACGGAGAGUUUGGAUCCUUCUUAAUUAAAAGCAAUUUAGUCAAUACUAAAAAAUGGUAUCUCUUUGAUUUAAGGACCACCAGGUACAGGUAAAACAUUCUGUGGAGCAUUGGGCGUCAGAAUAUUAUUAUAGAAUUAGUUUAAAUGGAAUAAAAAUUAUAAAUAUCAAAAUAAACCAAUUUUGAUUGUGUGUUAAACAAAUCAUGCAUUAGAUCAAUUUUUGUCACACAUUCUUACUUUUUGCAAUAUGGAAGAUAUUGUAAGAAUAGGAGGUCGAUGCAAAGUGAAAGAAUUUGAACCAAUGCUUUUGACAUAUGACUAAACUAGUAGAAAAAUUCAUUUUAAUUGGGGGGAUUUCUUAGAGCUAAGAAAUGAUUUGGAUAGAAAGUUAAGAAAUUUGUUAAAUUUGAUUGAUAAUGUAAUUUACAAGGAUGUUUAACAAUAUAUGCCUGAUUUAUUGGAUAGAGUAAUAACCUAAUAUUUAGAAACUGAGGAUCUUAACUUUAAAAUGCCAAUAUCAUCAGAAUCUCAAAAAAGGAUAAUGCAUAUGUGGUUAGAUAAUUUUAAACCUCAAGAAAAAUAAGUUCAAGAUAUUAUUGCGAUUGAAAAUUAGUGUGGCAAUUUCUUGUUAAAAUAGUAAAUUAAUAGAAAACGUUUUAAACCAAUAAUGAUUUACAAAUUUAGUGAUUUAGAAAAAUAAUUUUAUUUGACUGAUGAAGCUCAAUAAUAAUUAGAAUAAGAAGAUGAAGAUGAUUUUAUAGAUGAAAAUGAAAAUCUUGAUUCUGAUGAAGAAGAAAAUAGGAAGAUUUUGAUUAAUUAAGAUUCUAAAGGAAGUGACGAUUUUAUAAAAAAGCUUAUUGAUGAUGAUAGAACAAUAAAGAGGUUGUUAAAUAGGUUAAGCAAAGAUAAUGAAGUUAGCUUUUAGAUAAUUAUGGAAGAAAUCAAUAACAAUAGAAAUUUUAAUAUAUGGGAACUAUCAUAAACUAAAAGGAAUGUGAUCACAAGAUUCAUUUUUAGCCAAAAAUUCUAAUAUUUAUUUAAAAUUAUGGAAAAAGAUGUAGAAUUAUAUGAAUAAUAUAUAUAAUAAUUAAAAUAGGCAUAUAUUGAUAGAGAUAUGAGAUUUAUAUAAAAUAAGAAAAUAGUUGGAGUAACUUUGACUGGAUGUGCAAAAUAUGCAGAGAAAUUAUCAAAUUUAAAAUUUAAUAUACUCAUAGUUGAAGAAGCAGGUGAAGUAUUGGAAUCUAAUUUAGUUGCUGUAUUGUCCUAAUAAAUAAAUCAUUUAAUUUUAAUAGGUGAUCAUUAAUAAUUAAAACCACAUAUGGAAUGCUAUGAUUUGGAAGUUAAAUUCAGAGCAAAUAUUUCAUUGUUUGAAAGAUUAAUUAAAAAUGGAUUAGAAUAUGUCACUUUGAGAUUUUAGAGAAGAAUGAAAUCAAAAUUUGCUGAUUUUAUUCGUUUAAUCUAUAAAGAUUAUUAAGAUCAUAGUACAAUAUAAGAAUAAAACAAAAUUCAUAUAGAAGGAUUAACCACUGAUUUGCUCCUUUUCGAUCAUAUGCAUUAAGAAGAUAAAAAACUAUACUCAAAUUCCAAAUAAAAUAAAUUUGAAGCUAGAAUGAUUGUAAAAUUGGUUGACUAUUUACUAAAAAAUGGAUAUCAAGGUAAAUAAAUUACAAUCUUAACUACUUAUGUAAGAUAGGCAUUAUAUAUCCAAAAAUAAUGUGAUAGAAAUGUAAAAGUAUAAUCAAUAGAUAAUUAUUAAGGAGAAGAAAAUGAUAUAAUAUUGUUGUCUUUGGUUAGAUCCAACGAUGAUUAUAAAUUGGGUUUUGUUGCUAUAGAUAAUCGUGUGUGUGUAGCUUUUUCUAGAGCAAGGUUGGGAUUAUUUGUAUUUGGUGAUUUCGGUUUUAUUAAAGAAUGCAUAAAUGAUUACUAGAAAAUGGAUCCUCAAAAAAGAAAUCCAGAUGUUUCAGAUUUAUGGUUAAAAAUAUUAGAUUUAGCAAAAUAAAAAGGUGUAAUCUAGAAUAGCAUUGAUUUGAAAUGUUCUUCUCAUAAUUAAGUUACAAAAAUAUAUGAAGAAAGAGAUUGGGAUUUAGUAAAAGGAGGUGGAUGCACAAAAACAUGUGAUGCAAAAUUUCCUUGUGGUCAUAUUUGUAAAUAAAUUUGUCAUAAAUCUGCCCACAGUCAAUAAGAUUGUCCUGAAUAAUGUGAAAAAUAAUUAACAUGUGGUCAUCAAUGUACUGGAAGAUGUAGAUAGAUUUCUUGUCCCCCUUGUAAAACUGUGAUCAAGAUAUAAAUAAAAGAAUGUGGCCAUUAGGCAUACAUACUAUGUUCUGAAUAAAAUAAAAAGAUUGAAUGUAAAGAAAGGUGCAAUAAAAUAUUAAGGUGUGGUCAUUAAUGUUCUCUUAGAUGCAUGGAUGAUUGCAAAAAUAAUAUAUGUUUCGAAAAAAUUAGAUAUAAAAUGAUAAUAUGUAAACAUGAAACUACUAUUUCAUGUGAUGAUCUAAAUUACGUUGAAAAAUUGGUAUGUACUAAAAAUUGCUAAAAUUAAUUAAUUUGUGGACAUAAUUGUAGUGGAAAGUGUGGAUUAUGUUUUGAAAAAUUCCAUUAACCAUGUUAAGAUAAAUGUGAUAAAACAUUAUUAUGUGGUCAUAAAUGUUAAUUACUUUGUUCUUCAGAAUGUUAUAAAUGUGAAGAUUAAUGUCAAAUAGAAUGUAAUUGUUAAAUUAGAUGUAAAAAGAAAUGUUCUGAAAUAUGUAGUCCAUGUGUAAAUAAGUGUUAAUUGAAAUGCUAACAUACUAAAUGUACAAAAGAAUGUUCAGAAAUAUGUGAUAGAAAACCAUGUAAUUUAUAAUGUGAUAAAAAACUUAAAUGUGGUUGUGAUUGCAUGGGAUUCUGUGGAGAAGUUUGUCCUGAAAUUUGUUAAGUUAAUGAACAUGAUACUUAAUCUGCUGAUAAAAAUACUAUUUAUUAUAAAUUAGAAUGUUAAUGUAAUGGAAUUUUAGAAGCAGAAUUUUUAGAUUAAUAUUUUAACAGUUAACAAUCAAAUUUAAUUCAUUGUCCAAAAUGUAAUCAAAUCAUUUGGAGAAGUAGUAGAUAUUAAUAACAAGUCAAAAACUCUUUAAUUUAGUUUAAUAAUGAAAAAGAAAAUAAAUUAAUGAAAUAUUAUAUUUCAUCUGAAAAAAUAGAUAAAACUUAUAAACUAGCGGAAGAAAGACUAUAAUUUUUAAAACAAAAAUAAUUAAAGGACAAUAAUAGCUUUUUGGAUAACAUAAUUUAGGAAUUAAAAUAAUAAUUAUAAUUAAUUAAUUAAAAAAAAGUUGCUAAGAUUUCAUAUUAAUAUUUAAGAUGUAUCAAAAGAUAAUUAAAAUGCUAUGAAAAAUCUGUGGAGUUGAUGAACAGUUUUAAUGAUAAUCAACCUUUCUAAAUUCAUAAACAUAAUUUAAUUAAGGAAUACUUAAUGAGUGAAGAUUUUAGAAAUUCUUAUUCAAAAAGUUUUUGGUGGAAAGUAACAUAAAAACUAGAGACACUAUUGCUAUAUUAAAAAAGCAUUUUUAAAUAUUAAAAUACAAAAGAUAUAGCAUUUCAAAAUAUUUCUUAUGCAAUUGAAGAUUCAAAUUUCUUUUUGGAUGAAGCCAAAAAAUAAACAUUUGAGUAAUACUUAAAUGAUCCUAAUCCUAUUCAAAAUUGA